GGAAAACACUGAACUUUGAAAAAAAUGUUGGAAACCAUAGAUAAAAAUCGGGCCCUACAGGCCACAGAACGCUUGCAAGCCAAGCUCCGAGAACGUGGGGAUGUAGCAAACGAAGAUAAACUAAGCCUUCUGAAGUCAGUGCUGCAGAGCCCUCUCUUCAGUCAGAUUCUGAACCUACAGGCCUCAGUGCAGCAGCUGAAAGACCAGGUAAACAUUGCAGCUUCAGCAACUUCAAAUGUUGAGUAUGCCCACAUUCCUCAUGUCAAAUCCUCUGUGAUUCCUACUCUGCAAAAUGAAUCAUUUCUGCUAUCCUCAAAUAGUGGGAAUCAAGAGGCACUUACAGGUUCUUGUACUCCACACCCCGAUGGGAAACCUCCUGGUGAUGAAUUUGAUCACUUGAUCAAAAAUAUGGCUCAGGGUCGCCAUGUUGAAGUCUUCGAGCUCCUCAAACCUUCACGUGGAGGCCUUGGGUUUAGUGUUGUGGGGCUCAGGAGUGCAAACCGGGGAGAGCUGGGAAUCUUUGUGCAGGAAAUACAGGAGGGCAGUGUGGCUCACAGAGAUGGAAGACUGAAGGAAACUGACCAGAUCCUUGCCAUCAAUGGACAGGUGCUGGACCAGACGAUUACACAUCAGCAGGCGGUCAGCAUCCUGCAGAAAGCCAAAGAUGCUGUGCAGCUGGUCAUCGCCAGGGGCAGCCCCAGCGUGUCCCGCUCCCCAUCUGCAGCCAGUACCAUCUCAGCACAUUCCAACCCCGUCCACUGGCAGCAUGUAGAAACUAUUGAACUGGUGAACGAUGGGUCUGGUCUGGGAUUUGGCAUCAUCGGAGGAAAGGCAACCGGAGUGAUUGUCAAAACCAUUCUGCCUGGCGGGGUUGCUGAUCAGCAUGGACGAUUAUGCAGUGGAGACCACAUUCUAAAGAUUGGUGACACUGAUUUGGCGGGAAUGAGCAGUGAGCAAGUAGCACAAGUCUUGAGGCAGUGUGGAAAUAGGGUUAAGUUGAUGAUUGCAAGAGGUGCCAUUGAAGAACCUGCAACACCCACCUCUUUGGCAAUCACCCUCUCCUCCUCUUCUACACCAGAGAUGCGGGCUGAUGCUUCUACUCAGAAAAGUGAAGAAAAUGAGACAUUUGAUGUUGAACUCACUAAAAAUAUUCAAGGAUUAGGAAUUACUAUUGCUGGUUAUAUUGGAGAUAAAAAAUUAGAACCGUCAGGAAUUUUUGUAAAGAGCAUUACAAAAAGCAGUGCUGUUGAACAUGACGGAAGAAUCCAAAUUGGAGACCAGAUUAUAGCAGUAGAUGGCACCAACCUUCAAGGGUUUACCAAUCAGCAAGCAGUAGAGGUGUUGCGACACACAGGACAGACUGUGCACCUGACACUUAUGAGGAGAGGAAUGAAGGAGACAGAACCCCUGUCCUGGGGGGAGGUCACGAAAGAUGCCGAUGUGGCUCUGGUUGGUGCCAGCAUGAGCAGAGAAAAUUGUGAAAAAGAUGAAGAUUCUUUGAGGAGGAAUACCAGCAUAUUACCAAUUGAAGAAGAAGGACAUCCCCUGCUCUCGGGUGAGGGAGAAGAAAUGGAAGAUGCACAGCAGACAGACGUUGCACUGCUGACCAAGUGGCAGAGGCUCAUGGGAAUUAACUACGAAGUAGUGGUGGCUCACGUGAGCAAGUUUAGUGAGAGCAGUGGACUGGGGAUAAGUCUGGAAGCAGCAGUGGGCCAUCACUUUAUCCGCUCUGUGCUGCCGGAAGGGCCUGUUGGACACAGUGGGAAGCUCUUCAGUGGAGAUGAGCUCUUGGAAGUGAAUGGCAUAACUUUGCUUGGGGAAAAUCAUCAAGAUGUGGUCAAUAUUUUAAAAGAAUUGCCUAUAGAAGUGACAAUGGUGUGCUGCCGUCGAACUGUGCCUCCCAUCGCCCAGUCAGAAUUGGACAGCCUGGACUUAAGUGACAUUGAGCUAGCAGAAAAGCCUCUCGUUGACCUGGGUGAGCUCAUCGGGUCCUCGGAGACAGAAGACCCAGUGCCGACAGCGACUGCCAUAGGAGAGGACGUGGAAGAGGCGCACACACCUCUGGCCAUGUGGGAGGCUGGCAUCCAGCACGUAGAGCUGGAGAAAGGGAGCAGAGGCCUCGGUUUUAGCAUUUUAGAUUAUCAGGAUCCCAUUGACCCGGCAAGCACUGUGAUUGUCAUUCGUUCCUUGGUGCCUGGCGGCAUCGCAGAAAAGGAUGGGCGACUUCUUCCUGGAGACCGCCUCAUGUUUGUCAAUGACAUUAACCUGGAACGCAGCAGCCUUGAGGAGGCCGUGGAGGCACUGAAGGGGGCAUCACCGGGGGCGGUGAGGAUUGGCGUGGCUAAGCCUUUACCUCUGUCGCCAGAAGAAGGUUAUGUCUCUGCGAAGGAGGAGCCCUUUCUCUGCUCGCCACUCUCCUUCCAGGAGCACAGUCUGCCUGCCAAAGCCCUCCUCCGUGGGGCUGACUUGGCUCUGGUGGAUACACAGGAGGCUGAAAUAGUAGACGAGUCCACAUUUGAGUCACAGUUCUCUCCUGAUAAGGACAGUGUCUAUUCUACCCCAGCCUCUGUCUUAUCUUUUCAUGGCAGUGUGUGCAGCGAUGGUCUGAGCUAUGAGCCCUCCCUUCAAUCAUCUCCUCCCAAGGAUGUUGAUAAAAAUGCUUCUGACCCAGUACAUGAUCUGCAUAUGUCCUUGGAGGAACUCUAUGCCCAAAGUCUCCUGCAAAGGCAGGACGAGAAUCCACCCUCAGUAGACUUAAGCAUGGUGUCUGCUUCUGGCUUUGUCAUAAACGAUUAUACACCUGCAAAUACUGUUGAACAGCAUGGACAUGAAAACACAACAGCUUGGACUGAAUCUCAUUUACCUAGCGAAGUUGUAUCAAGUUCAGAGAUGCCUUCUCCUGUGGUGCCUGAUUCAACUGGGAAGGGCUCUGAGUACUUAAUUGAACAGAGCUCUCUGGCCUCUGACGAGAGUGUCAUGCUAGAAAAUAUGUCCAAAGAACCUUUUGAGAGGACUAUUACUAUAGCAAAAGGCAAUUCUAGUCUAGGGAUGACUGUCACUGCUACUAAAGAUGGCUUGGGAAUGACUGUUCGAAGCAUUAUUCAUGGAGGUGCCAUUAGUCGUGAUGGCCGGAUUGCCACUGGGGACUGCAUUUUGUCCAUUAAUGAAGAAUCCACCAUCAGUUUAAGCAAUGCCCAAGCACGAGCAGUGUUAAGAAGGCAUUCUCUCAUUGGGCCUGACAUAAAAAUUACUUACGUGCCUGCAGAGCAUUUGGAGGAGUUCAGGAGAAGCGUGGGGCAACAGUCUGAAGGAAUAAUGGCACUGGAUAUUUUUUCUUCAUACACUGGCAGAGAAAUCCCAGAACUACCAGAGCGAGAAGAAGGUGAAGGAGAAGAGAGUGAACUUCAGAACGCAGCAUACAGCAACUGGAAUCCGCCCAGGAGGGUUGAACUUUGGAGAGAACCGAGCAAAUCCUUGGGCAUCAGCAUUGUUGGUGGACGAGGGAUGGGGAGUCGUCUAAGCAGUGGUGAAGUGAUGAGGGGCAUUUUCAUCAAGCAUGUUCUUGAGGACAGUCCAGCCGGGAAGAAUGGGACCUUGCAGCCCGGAGACAGGAUAGUAGAGGUGGAUGGAAUGGACCUCAGAGAUGCAAGCCAUGAGCAAGCUGUGGAAGCCAUUCGGAAAGCAGGCAACCCAGUAGUCUUUAUGGUACAGAGCAUUAUAAACAGACCAAGGAAAUCCCCUUUGCCUUCCUUGCCGCACGGCCUUUACCCUAAGUACAACUUCAGCAGCACUAACCCAUUUGCUGACUCUCUCCAGUCCACUGCUGACAAGGCACCCAGCCACUCAGAGCCAGAGCCAGAGCCAGAGCCAGAGCCAGAGAAGGCUCCAGUGUGUGAAGUUCUUCGGCCCUCUUCUCCAGCACUUGCAGAAAUGGGCAGUGAUCGUGCACAGACAUCUGCAGGCACCAUCUCCGAGGAUGUGGACAGAGAGGAUGAGUUUGGCUACAGCUGGAAAAAUAUAAGGGAGCGUUAUGGAACCCUGGCAGGCAAGCUCCACAUGAUUGAACUGGAGAAAGGGCAUAGUGGUUUGGGCCUAAGUCUUGCUGGGAACAAAGACCGAACCCGAAUGAGUGUCUUUAUCGUGGGGAUUGACCCAAACGGAGCAGCGGGAAGAGAUGGUCGACUGCAGAUCGCAGAUGAGCUUCUGGAGAUCAAUGGUCAAAUUUUAUAUGGAAGAACUCAUCAAAAUGCCUCAUCAAUUAUCAAAUGUGCCCCUUCUAAAGUAAAAAUAAUUUUUAUCAGAAAUAAAGAUGCAUUGAGUCAGAUGGCCGUAUGUCCUGGAAAUACAGUAGAACCUUUGCUUUCCGCCUCAGACAAUCUUCAGAAUAAAGAGGUAGAACCCAGUAUUCCUGCUUCUGAUCUAGCUGCGGACCUCAGUUCACUUAAAAAUGUGCGCCACCUGGAGCUUCCCAAGGAUCAGGGGGGUUUGGGCAUUGCUAUCAGUGAAGAAGACACACUCAGUGGAGUCAUCAUAAAAAGCUUAACAGAGCACGGGGUAGCAGCCAAGGAUGGACGCCUCAGAGUUGGAGAUCAGAUCUUAGCUGUGGAUGAUGAAGUUGUUGUUGGCUAUCCUGUUGAAAAGUUUAUUGGUCUGCUGAAGACAGCAAAGACGACAGUAAAACUGACCAUUCAUGCCGAGACUCCAGAUUCCCAGACUUUUCCCUCAGCAGCUGGAGCAGCCAGUGGAGAAAAACCGCGCAGCUCACCUUCUCCCAUGGUCCCGCAGUCUGGCACCCCAGAACCGGAACCGGAAGUGGAAGCAGAGUCCCUCCGAAGUACAAGCAGGUCUUCAACACCAGCAAUCUUUGCUUCUGAUCCUGCAACCUGCCCCAUUAUCCCUGGUUGUGAAACAACAAUUGAGAUUUCCAAAGGGCGAACAGGACUGGGCCUAAGCAUUGUUGGGGGCUCUGACACACUGCUGGGUGCCAUUAUCAUUCAUGAAGUUUAUGAAGAAGGAGCAGCAUGUAAAGAUGGAAGACUCUGGGCUGGAGAUCAGAUUUUAGAGGUGAAUGGAAUUGACUUGAGAAAGGCCACCCAUGAUGAAGCAAUCAAUGUCCUGAGACAAACACCCCAGAGAGUGCGCCUGACACUCUACAGAGAUGAGGCUCCGUACAGAGAGGAGGACAUGUGUGACGCCCUCACUGUUGAGCUGCAGAAGAAGCCGGGAAAAGGCCUCGGACUGAGCAUUGUUGGUAAAAGAAACGAUGCUGGAGUUUUUGUGUCAGAUAUUGUGAAAGGAGGGAUUGCAGAUGCUGAUGGAAGACUGGUGCAGGGAGACCAGAUACUCGCGGUGAAUGGAGAAGACGUCCGGCACGCCUCCCAGGAAGCUGUUGCGGCUUUGUUGAAGUGUUCCCUAGGCACGGUGACCCUGGAAGUGGGAAGAAUCAAAACUGGUCCGUUUCACUCAGAGAGGAGGCCUUCUCAAAGCAGCCAGAUCAGUGAAGACAGCCUGUCAUCUUUUACUCUUCCACUCUCUGGAGCAAGUGCACCUGAGUCACAGGAAUGUAGCUCGAAGAGGAAUGCAUUGUCUGAAAUACAGGGAUUAAGAACAGUUGAAAUAAAAAAGGGGCCUGCUGACUCUCUGGGAAUCAGCAUCGCGGGAGGCAUGGGCAGCCCCCUUGGUGAUGUCCCUGUAUUUAUCGCAAUGAUGCACCCAAAUGGUGUAGCCGCCCAAACUCGGAAACUCAGGGUUGGAGACAGGAUUGUCACUAUCUGUGGCACAUCCACCGAGGGAAUGACUCACACUCAAGCCGUGAACUUACUGAAAAAUGCCUCUGGCGCCAUUGAAAUGCAGGUGGCUGCUGGAGGGGACGUGAGUGUGGUCACAGGUCAUCAGCUGGAGCCUGCUGGUUCUAGUCUAUCUUUUUCUGGGCUGACAUCAAGCUCCGUAUUUCAGGAUGAUUUAGGACCUCCUCAGUGUAAGUCAAUUAUGCUAGACCGGGGGCCAGAUGGUUUGGGCUUCAGUAUAGUAGGAGGGUAUGGCAGCCCUCAUGGAGACUUACCCAUUUAUGUUAAAACAGUAUUCGCAAAGGGAGCAGCAGCAGAAGAUGGGCGCCUAAAAAGGGGUGACCAGAUCGUUGCUGUCAACGGACAGAGUCUCGAAGGGGUAACCCACGAAGAAGCUGUUGCUAUACUUAAGCGAACAAAGGGUACUGUCACUUUGAUGGUUCUGUCCUGAAUCGGCAGCCAGAACUGAACCAACUCAACCCCUUGCUUUCCUCAGUACCAUGGAGAAUGGGAUGAUCUUUUAUAUGUGACAAUUCCUGUCCUGUGUUCAUGGAGUCUUUAAAAUCAUAGUGGAAAAAUAAUAUUUAAAUUUAUUUUUCUUAUAUGGCAAUGGUUUUCUUACUGGCAACCUCCUAGCAUUUUUCCUCUUCUUUUGCGUUUUGUGAAUCUAAACACACAGACGAACAUUUUACAGAUAAAUCCAGUUUUUCUUUUGAGGAUACCUAAGGUUUUGUAGUCACAUGAACAAAAAUUAUUAAAGAGGAAGAAAUAUGCUUAAAGGAGAAAGAAAAGUCAUUCUAAAUCUAACCAUGAGAUAUAGUUUCAGUAAAUUCAGGUAAAAAUAAAAAUGCAUAAUAAGGAAAAAAAAUCUUGUGGAGUUUUAUAAAAAUCCUUCAAAUUGGCAGUUCAUCUGUCCCCACA